CUUUCAAAAAAUACGCGAUGUACGACAGCGUCGGGAAGCUUUGUCUUGAAGUUAGUUACACUCACACACAGUAGUUUUCUGUAGCAGUUCUGAACACUGGAUCUUCACUGAGAGAAUUGAUGGAAUGGAAAUUCAACCUGCGCAUUACUGAUACUAGUAAGCCAAUCAGCUAACUUUUCUUACAAUCUUACUCACCGUUGUUACUAGAACAGGCGAUGUCGCAAUUACCCACAAAUGGAGCAGACGCUGAGCCUGAAGCACCGACCACAACUCCCCCAGUGAGUCUCUCUGGAAAUGCAGUAAUUUCUUGGUCAUCUGCUCCCGUUGUGACAACUGCAUCGCCUAUUCCGAUGGACACAUCAUCAACGCCGGUAGCUGGUGCUCCUCUGACCAUUCCUGCCCUAACACCCACAUCCAGCGGAGGCGGGCUGUCUUUUCUGAUCAAUUUGCCACCUAUGCCACCAAUUGAUCAGCAACCAACAAGUCAGGUAACUCGAAAGGCAGCCCCGUCAACGAAGGCCAGGUCUGAGCUAUCCAGUCAGUCCUCAUCACUGACCCCUGCGGUCACUCCAGCCACUUCAGUUAGCCAGUCGGCGCCACCACAGGUAUUGCCUGCAGCUACAGUGACAUUGUCUGACGCUACUGCUGCUUUGUCUUCAGCGACAACGUCAAGUGUGUCCGCACCGCCACCUGUAGGAUUGUCAGCCACAAGUGCAGUGGUGACGGCGGGCCCAACGGUAGCAUCGACGACAGCAGCAGCCGGAACGGCGUCCGUUCCACGCCACUCCCGGAAGCCAGCCAAGAGCAGCAUCAGUCAUCCUGCUCCCAUUGCUCCCGCACCGCCAUUCGGCGCCGCUGCCAGUUUGAAUGUGAUGGCGCAGACCCAGCUGCUCAACAGCUUGCUGCAGAUGGGUGGAAUCAAUCCGUUUCUCCCUCCUAAAAUUGAGACAUCGACAGCUCAGCAGCCAGUAGCAGCUCCUCCUUUACGAGGAAACUCCGAGACUGGUGCUGUGACAGGUCGACAGCGAAAGCCUUGCAAUUGCUCUAAAUCCAUGUGCCUGAAGCUCUACUGUGAAUGUUUUGCCAAUGGAGAGUUCUGCAGCAACUGUAACUGUAACAAUUGUCACAACAGCAUGGAGCAUGAAGCUGAUCGCAGUACUGCUAUCAAGGCUUGUCUGGAGAGAAAUCCCCAUGCGUUCCACCCGAAAAUUCAGACGAAACGCCAAGGUGAAAAGGAGAGACGUCAUACAAAGGGCUGUCACUGCAGGAGAUCAGGCUGCCUGAAGAACUACUGUGAAUGUUAUGAGGCGCGCAUUCCCUGCACCAGCAUCUGUAAGUGUAUCAAGUGCAAGAACUAUGAAGAGAGUCCUGAUCGGCAAACACUGUUACAGUUGGCCACGGCAGCAGAAGUCCGGACUCAGCAACAACACGCAGCAGCUCGCAAGCACCUGCCCACGCCCAAAGCAGAGAAUGCAACACCUCUGACAAGCAUGUCAGCGUCUGGCCAAAGGUUACCGUACACCAUGCUACGGGAAGAGGUCACAACAGCGAUGUGUGAGUGUUGGAUGCAACGUGCAGAGCAGGCAGCUCAACAGGAUGCUACGGAUGCUGCCAUUGAGCGGGCCAUACUGGAGGAGGUGGACAUGUGUCUUCGCUCGGUGAUACUGAAAGCCAGCCAGCCAUCUCGGUUACGGAGUUGAUCCCUUCAUCUGACCCCCUCUGACAAGUCUGCCCUUUUAUCAGGACAUCGACCAUAUUUCUUUGCUUGUAUGCUUGCUCUAUCAGGACAGGAACCAUAUUUCUGUGCACGUAUUUCUCUUCAAAUGACAUGAUAUUCACCUAGUUCGGUUGACAUACUAUUUUAGACUUUAGGGCCUGACGGUAUUGUACUGUUCCCAUCAUGGAUACAGUUACGUACAAGGGCACGUAUUCAUCUGACACAGCAGCUAUCGUUUUUCAUCGUUUUGUUACUUCAUCCCAUUAUAAGCGUGGCUCUGUUCACUGCCAAAUGAUCGCAUAUAACAUCAUGCUAGGUCUUUCUUCUUCUUUUUUUUUUGUCCUGAUAACCGUCCCCUCCCCAUGGCUCACUUGUGCAGUAGCGCGCAUGCCAAAUAUUUCUACUUUUCUCCCAAACGCCAAUAUGCUACCGUUACCUUCACUAUUCUGUCCGUCCUGUAUUUUGCCUUUACUCGAUAGCUCUGUUUUUUGUUGUUACUCCCUUUUCAGUUUUUAUUAUUAUUCUGUCGUUCUUGUCGUUCUCGUUGUUCUAGAGAUCCUCACUAGCAGCCGGGGGGGAUCAUGUGUUUACUUGACCAUGAUGACCCACCCAUUAGGAGUUGAUUAUACCGUAAUUGUUAUGCGUUCGUUGUUGGUGAUGUGUACUUCCCUGCCGCAAUGUGCACGUAUAGUCCAUUCAUUAUGACCCUA